GGCUGGUCACAAAGUAAUCUCUUGCUCCAAGGAAAAGAUCCUAGAAGUCUUGUCAGCCUUGUUUUGGUGGAGGUGUCCUGUAGGAGCAGUGUGGUUUGGCUUUUUUAGUUGUGUUUGAAUGCAGGCUUGAACAUGCCUCACAGAACUGAGUUGUAUGAGGAUCCCCCAUCAGCAUGCUGGCCUAUCGUCUAUUCUCCCGACUACAACAUCACCUUCAUGGGACUUGAGAAGCUGCAUCCAUUCGAUGCAGGGAAGUGGGGAAAAGUUAUCAAUUUCCUGAAAGAAGAAAAACUAAUUGCAGAUGACUUGAUUGUACAGGCACGGGAAGCCACUGAUGAAGAUCUCUUGGUUGUUCACACAAGACGCUACCUUAAUAAAUUAAAGUGGUCAUUUGUCGUUGCUACAAUCACAGAAAUCCCACCAGUUGCCUUCCUGCCCAAUUUUGUGGUUCAGAGAAAAGUUCUGAAACCUCUACGGACCCAGACAGGAGGAACAAUAAUGGCAGGAAAACUGGCUGUUGAAAGAGGCUGGGCAAUCAACGUGGGGGGUGGUUUUCAUCACUGUUCGAGUGACAAAGGUGGAGGAUUCUGUGCAUAUGCUGAUAUCACACUGGCUAUAAAGUUCCUAUUUGAAAGAGUGCAAGGGGUGUCUAAAGCCACAAUUAUUGAUCUGGAUGCUCACCAGGGAAAUGGCCAUGAGAGGGACUUCAUGGAUGAUCAUCGGGUCUAUAUUAUGGAUGCCUACAAUAGGUACAUUUAUCCAGGGGAUGGAUUUGCUAAACGUGCCAUAAAACGCAAGGUGGAAUUAGAAUGGGGUACAGAGGACACAGAAUACCUGCAGAAGGUGCAUACUCAUGUGGAAGGAGCAUUAAACGAACUAAGACCUGACAUCAUUGUUUAUAAUGCUGGGACUGAUAUUCUGGAUGGCGAUCCAUUGGGAGGACUUGCUAUUUCACCUCAGGGAAUCGUGAAGAGGGAUGAAGUUGUGUUCAAGGCUGCCAGACGCCGCAGAAUCCCAAUCCUGAUGGUGACAUCUGGGGGGUACCAGAAGAGGACAGCACGGAUCAUUGCUGAUUCCAUCCUCAAUCUGCACAACCUGGGGCUUAUUGACAAGGAGCUAGCAACCAGUGGAGCUAGAAACCCGAAGGUAGAACAGAUGAUCAGAGACUCUGUUAAAGACUUAACCAACUUGUCACUGCAAUGACAAGUUACUAAAUUUUAGGACACGGUUUCCUGGCUUAAGAGCAGGGGUUCUGCACAUCGUUAUCAGGGUUAAUAAAAUGUAUUGAAAGAAGACUCAACUUGCCUGUAAAAUAAUGCAGUAAAGAUGUAAUAUGCAGUCACAGAAUAACUGUGUCUAACUGCUGAAGCUAUCUUGAGCAAAGGCAACAAAUCCUUUUUAGCUAAUUGAGACAUAUACUCAAGGGUACUGUCUUUCAGUUUGUAAUAUUACUGUAGAUAGCGUUAAUUGUUUCUCUUAUUCUUAUGGGUGGUCUAUUAUGUUGGAAGAGCUAUGCAGUUAGUAUCCAAAGACUGGCCCUGGUUCGGAUGAUGCAGUUUGGAUUGUGAUGGGGGAAAUACAGACUAAAUCUACUGGCACUUUUUUUUAGAUACUGCAUUUUAUUUAUUGCUUUUGAAAUUGAAAUAUUGUUAUAAAACGAGUUCUGUGCAGGCUUCAACUGUCACUUUAGUAUUAAAGUGCAAUACUAUAAAAAACAGUUCAGUUGGUAGGCUUCGAAGCCAUAGUCUAUUAGAACAAAUAGUUAUUAAUUUAUAUUUUAUUAUUAGUGUUGAUAAUGACUUAAAUCCUACUUAUAAACACCUUGAGAAACAGAAUAUGAAAUGCCUUUGGCUGCUUAUGCAAAUGAGUCAUAAGGGCUCAGUAUUAACACUCUGGUUUUUGCCUCUCUUAAAAUGAGGCCUGCAUAUCAAUAGUGCUAGGUACUAUGCAUUGUAAAUCACAGAGUCAAGGAACUACAAGAAAAUGAAGACUAAUUUUAGAAUUCUGAGAAUUCCUGCCAAAAUCACAGUGUAGAAAUGCAGGGUAUCUUUUGUUAUUGCCAGCUUGUCGUGUAGAGACGAGUGAAGAGGAAAACUGGAUGCUUGUUUUUUUCCCCAAGUACUGCUUUAUUUUUCACUUGUUCUGAAAGUGAUGGUACGAGUAGUUGCAGUCACAGUUGGUAACCUAAUUGUUCAUAUUUACAGAUAAAAAUACAGUGAGUCUUCUACAUUAAGUUAAUAUGCUAACUUUAUAUAGGAGCUUCUAGGAGGAGAUGGGAACAAAAUAGUGUAUUCUAAGUCAAACUCAGUACACUAACUGUAAAGUUCAGUUUCAUUUAAGUUGGUAUUUACUGCAUUAGGCACUGUUUGUAGCAUUGGGUCAUAAAUGUACUGAACUAUAUAUUUUGCAAGGCCUUUUUAACUUCCGAAUAUUGACUGGUUUGUAGUACAGGUUUCACAUCAUGUUUAGAUUUGAACCUAUGAAGGAACACAACUAUUUUCCUUGCAGUAGAAUUGGUUUGUAAGCUAUUUGAGGAAUAGUUACUUCUAAUUAGAGUACUUACCUCACGUAGCGUUAAUUUUUAGAUUGAUGGGGUUUGUUAAUUGUAAGAACAUGCACAAUUGCUAUAAAUAUCUGCUUUAAGAUUUGACGUAUUGCACUAAUCUUGAGUUGCAGCACUGUUAUUAAGAAGCACUUUUAAAUUUCUUACUAGAAGGACCAUCAGAGUACAGCUAAUGUCAAGGUUUAUUUUUUCUACACUGUCUGAUGUUACUGAAAGAUGUUGUUAUUCCUUCAUAUAAUUUUUAUAAAAUUAUAAAUUACAUUUCUAUAACCUAAACCCUGUCAUUGUACCAUAUGGGCUUUUCCAAAACAUCUUUUGUUUGUGUUAACAUGUUUAUAUGGUUUUCCCUCAGUGGAGAUUAAAAUGAUGUUGAACAAUG